AUGACGCUACGAUUAGCCUGGAGGAAAGUGGCAAAGCAGUCCUUCGUUUUAGGGGACUACUUCACCGCGGGUGCCAUUGCUUGCGCCUUCAUAAGACUGGCUGUCAUUCACGUCGUUCUCGUUUGGGGAACGAACAGCAUGUCCAUGAGAUACCGAUUAAACCACGACUUCACCGCAACCGAAAUCUACCAGCGUGAGAUAGGAAGCAAGUUGUCAAUCGCCGGCCGCUUCGUCUACAUUUCAUAUCUCUGGCUACAGAAGCUCGUGCUUCUAGACCUUUAUCGCCGACUCAUUCUCGAUCUUGCAUAUGAAAAGAUUAUUAUACGGGGAUACCUCGUCGUCUUUUGCGUGUCCUAUGUUGCGGUCGAAGUCAUCACCUUUACCGAAUGUAGACCGUUUCGAUUAUACUGGCAGGUUGUGCCAGAUGCUGGUCCUUGCGCCAAAGCACCCAUUCAACUCCUCGCUCUUGGCAUUAUCAACAUCAUCACCGACUUCAUGCUGCUCGUCCUACCAAUACCUGUCGUCGCAUCUUUGAGGGCGCCAUGGAGGAGAAAGGCACAGCUCUAUCCCCUUUUCACACUCGGCAUAUUCAUCAUCGUCGUCACCAUCGUGCGUCUGCGCAUCAACUAUGCCAAUAUCGGGAGCCAGGGAAACCGUACCACCUGGGCCAGCGCAGAAUUGCUAACAGCUACCGUCGUCGUAAAUGCACCCACCUUGUAUGGCCUGUGGAAUAAGCGCAGACGGGAUAAGCGAGAAUUGGAUCGCCAGAGGGAGCGACAGGAACAGCGAAGAAACGGCAAUGGACCAAUACAUCCCGACACCAUUGGCGGCAGCAACGAAUCCUACGAGAUGCAACGGAAGCGCACACCGACCGCGCGUGGCAUAUUGGUAACCAAGGAUGUAAUGGUGACGGAGACGCGAGAGGGCGAUGGGCGAAAUAGCAGGGAAAGCGGGCGUUUUCCGCACUUGGACGCUGAAAGUGUAUCGCGGCACUCGAGUCAACGAGAGAUUUUACCCCAAUCAUGA